AUUGUAACAGUUCUACGUAUUUGUUUUCUCCGCUGGCGAGCGACACUGUGAGAAAGAGAGAGAGAGUGCCAAAGGAUCUUCGCUAGAGAGAGAGAGAUAAUCAUGGAGGUCGUUGCAGUUGCAGACGCCAUUGUCGUAUCUGCCGAGAACAAGCUUGAUGUGAGUGGGAGCAUUGAAAGGCAGAAGAAGAACAAAAUUCAGGUCUCCAACACCAAGAAACCCCUGUAUUUCUACGUGAAUCUGGCCAAGAGGUACAUGCAGCAGCAUGAGGAGGUUGAGCUCUCUGCCUUGGGCAUGGCAAUCACUACAGUUGUCACAAUUGCUGAAAUUCUGAAGAACAAUGGACUGGCUUCCCAGAAGAAGAUUAUGACUUCUACAGUUGGCAUGAAAGAUGAGACUAAUGGCCGCAUGGUUCAGAAAGCCAAGCUAGAAAUAUUACUGACAAAGACUGAAAGUUCAGAUAAUAAGGUGCCAACUGCUACAACGACAGCAGAGGUGGCUGCAGCAGAUGGCAAAGUGGAAUGGAGUAUUACUGAGAAAUGAUAGGCUGUAGUAAUAAUUCUUGUUCAGAUUUGAUUUUUUUGUAACAUGAACAUUAGGGUCUUUAGACAGAUAGGUACUGUAGAUGGAACAAAACUUUCAUUUUUUUUUUUUUCUUUCGUUGUUUCUUGGGAGGGCUUUUGUAGUAAUGUUCUUGAAUUUUCUGAUUACUUCAGACUGAUGAUAAUUGUGAAAGGUUCUACUGAUCGUCUGAUCCAAA